AUGGAACACUCCGUUACUCCGCUUUCUUCAGCCCUGGGCGAGGGCGAAGCGAACAGGGUCGGCGAUCACCCCAACCACGUCGACGCAGAGGCUGAGGCCAAGGCCAACAAGCAGCGCAGGAAGGUUCAAAACCGGAAGAACCAAAGAGCACAUCGACUGCGGAUUAGGGAGCAAAACCCGGGGUCUGUUCGAACGUCGCGCCCGUUCCAAGUCAGGCGCUGGCGCGUGGACGAACCUGAUGAGUGUCCCUCCCAAGACGUCUUGUUAGCAUCAAAAGGCGCAACCGCCACCCACAUCUCCUCUCAACCACCUCCCAAUCACGUCAGUACAUCAAUGCUCACACCUGGGCGCGCCCGAGUCAUUCGAGGGCCACCGCCCACCACCUCAGUCCAUGCCCAGACGUCCCUAACGCCCCCAUCCUUUAUCUUCCCCCUCUCAACCGAUCACCUCCUCCAUCUCGUCCAAUAUAAUGUCUUCCGCGCCUUUGUCUCUAACAAGCGCACUCUUAAUACCCUUUUAACGGGCUGGACCGAUAACCCUCCCUCCCCAACUACCUGUCCCAUCAGUGGUCCUUACCGUGACGACACAACCGUCUACCCCCUGAACCCCAAUAUUCCUCUCUCCCUCGUCCCGACCCGCCUCCAGCAAACCCGCUUGCACCCCUUCUGGAUCAACCUCUUUCCCUUCCCCUGCGUCCGUGACAAUCUUAUAAGGCGCGAAGGAAGUUUCGACCACUGGGAGCUGCUACAAGACCUCAUCGGUGAGCUUAUGAGUGCCACGCCGGCUCGAAAGCAACGAGGUACGCCCCUCACCAUCACUGUCUCCGACCCCCAAACCAUGUGGACACCACCCCUCACAGCAGGACGUGACGAGGAUGAGACCACUGCGGGGCGUAAGGGACUUAUUGUUUGGGGUGAACCGCACGACAUGCAGAGCUGGGAGGCUACCCCCGGCUUUCUUGAGAAGUGGUCGUGGGCUGUGGAGGGAUGUGACGAUUUAGUUGAAUCUAGUAACCGCUGGAGGCUGAUGAGAGGAGAGGAACCUAUGCACCUCUGA